GGGAGCAAUCGAAUGGUUUGAUGGAUAUCGAAUUUCAAAUCAAACUGGAUAUCUAUAUGACAUGGUCAAAUGGGGAACUGAUUGGUUAAUAGCCGCUCAUCCUAAACCUGAUCAACUUUUCAUUCAAGUCGGUUCAACUCAAGUUGAUAAUUCACAUUGGGGCCCUGAUACUAAUCUUUCGUAUCCACGUCCCGCUUAUGAUAUUAAUUCAACGGCGCAUGGUACUGACAUCGCCGCAGAAACGGCCGCAGCCUUUGCAUCCUCAGCAAUUCUAUUUCGAGAUUUUCUUAAUGAUACUGCCUAUGCAAAAACAUUAAUAGCUCAUGCUAUAAGCGUUUAUAAUUUUUCCGAACUUCAAACUCUAGUAUUAGCUACAACGUCUGUCCCUGAAAGCCGUGGAUAUAGGACUUCUACAUUUUAUGACAAAUUGGUUUAUGGUGCUCUUUGGUUAUACCGCGCCACUAAUCAACCUCAAUACUUAACUAAAGCAGUAAAUUAUUAUAACAUAGGCAGAUUACAGAAUAGUUCAAGAGUUAUGUCAUGGGAUGAUCAAACAGGUGGACUUCUAUGGUGUGGUGAUAGCCAAGCAGCAUCAUUACCUAUUGCUCUUUAUGGUGCCUUUGGAUAUCUAAUGUAUUCUUCUUACGCGACUACUGUUGAGAAAACUAAUGCAUAUAAAAACUUUGUAACCUCACAAAUUAAUUAUUUAUUCGGUGAUAAUCCUAUGAAAAUGUUUUAUGUUGUGGCUGUUCAUCCAAACUCCCCUAAAAAUCCUCAUCAUGCUGGCGCGCAUGGAGGAACAAACGUAGCAAACUUGAGUGACCCAGUAAAUACUAAGUAUCCUUUAUAUGGAGCUGUUGUAGGUGGUCCGAGUCAGAAUGAUUCAUAUGAAGAUUCAAGAGCAAAUGUUGAUCAAUCUGAGGUUGCGCUUGAUUAUAAUUCCGCAUAUCAAGGAAUAAUGGCAUAUUAUGUUAUUGACACAUAUGUCCCCCCACCUAAUUUACCAAAUCCGGAAGGACCAACAGGACCAACAUCGAUAUUUAAUGCUUUACCUCAGAAUCACAAACUUAUAAUUAUAACUGUUAGAGAUCCUGAAAAAAAUAAUCAAGGCAUAAAAUCAGUAGAUGUUAAAAAAGAUAACAAGAACAUUGAAAGUGAACUAUCAAAGCAUUCUGAAAAUGAUAGCCAGAAUACUAUAAGUGAACUAUCAAAGCAGUGUGAAAAGGCUAAUCAUAACACUUUCUCUGAAAGUGGACCAUUAGAACAGUCUGAAAAAGAUAACCAAGACACCGAAAGUAAACCAUUAAAGCAGUCUGAAAAGGAUAACCAAGCCUUUGAAAGUGAACCAUUAGAACAGUCUGAAAUAAAUAACCAAGACUCUGAAAAUGAACCAUUAAAGCAGUUUGAAAUAAAUAACCAGGACUCUGAAAAUGAACCAUCAAGACAGUCUGAAAAAGAUAACCAGGACUCUGAAAGUGAACCAUCAAAACAGUCUGAAAAGGAUAACCAGAACUCUGAAAGAGAACCAUCAAAACAGUCUGAAAAAGACAACCAGGACUCUGAAAAUGAACCAUCAAGACAGUCUGAAAAAGAUAACCAGGACUCUGAAAGUGAACCAUCAAAACAGUCUGAAAAGGAUAACCAGAACUCUGAAAGAGAACCAUCAAAACAGUCUGAAAAAGACAACCAGGACUCUGAAAAUGAACCAUCAAGACAGUCUGAAAAAGAUAACCAGGACUCUGAAAGCGAACCAUCAAAACAGUCUGAAAAAGACAGCAAGGACUCUGAAAAUGAACUAUUAAAACAGCAUACAAGUGAAAAUAAUACUUCCAAUGAUACCGUAGUAUAA